AUGCAUUUUUCACUGGCUCUCUCGAUUGCGUUUCUGGGGCUCGUCGAUCCCUCGUUGCAACAGUCAUGUGCAGCGCCAUGGGCCCAGUGCGGAGGGAGAGAUUGGGCGGGGGCGACCUGUUGCCAGUCUGGCUCGGGUUGCGUCUACACUAAUGACUACUACUCUCAGUGUAUCCCUGGUGCCGCAUCCAACCCCAGCACGACCACCACGAGCAAGUCAACAGUCACCUCGGUGGCCACUGGAUCUACCUCAUCAGUUUAUACAACCACCGACACCGCAGUGGUGGCGGCGCACUCACAGUCUGCUUAUCCCAGCGUCGAUGGCAGCUCAUGCGGCUCAUGGACCCUCGUCGACAAUGUAUGCUGCCCUCGCUACUGCUCUAACCAGAACACGUCGGAAAGCUGUAGUUCGAGCUGCACUGGCUCUUGCGUGACGCCGCCAUCUGCCGACUGCAAAUCUGGCGCCAUGUUUAACGAGGUUCAUCAUGUCACCAACAAUGAGGCCUGGCACUACAGCCGUUCGACACAUUUUGGCUUAACAAGCGGCGGGGCUUGCGGCUUCGGCAUGUAUGGGCUGUGCACAAAGGGCAGCUCGACGGCCAGUUGGACAGAUCCAAUGCUGGGAAGCACCUGUGAUGCCUUCUGCACGGCAUAUCCCAUCUUGUGCCAAGACCCCACAAACACUACCUUGCGAGGCAACUUUGCUGCACCGAACGGUGACUACUACACGCAAUUCUGGUCCUCUUUAAUCGGCGACAGGGACAACUACCUGUCCUGUGGCGAAUGCUUCGAACUAGUUCGCACAAAAGCAGACGGCACCGAUUAUGCGGUUGGCGAGGCUGAAUACACGGAUCCUAUUGUUCUCGAAGUCGUCGACAGCUGCCCCUGCAGUGCUAACUCCAAGUGGUGCUGCGGUCCUGGCGCUGAUCACUGCGGUGAAAUCGAUUUCAAGUACGGGUGCCCUCUGCCAUCGGACAGCAUCCACCUAGACCUCUCCGACAUUGCCAUGGGUCGACUGCAGGGCAAAGGCAGCCUCACCGCAGGCGUGAUUCCGACACGCUACAAGCGGGUGCCUUGUCCCAAGCCGGGCAACGUGUAUCUCUGGCUGCGUGACGGCGGCGGGCCGUAUUACUUCGCACUCUCGGCGGUAAACACGAACGGACCCGGCAGCGUCACCAAGAUUGAGAUCAAGGCUGCGGGCUCCGAUCAAUGGGUCGCUCUCGUCCAUGAUCCCAACUACACUUCUAGCCGACCACAAGAGAGAUAUGGCUCUUGGACGGUGCCGAGUGGGACUGGGCCAUUCAAUGUUCCCAUUGCCAUGCGGUUGACCAGCCCGACUGGGCAACAGAUUGUCAAUAAUGCUGCAAUCAAAAGCUUUACACCCCCGGCCAGCGCCCCUGCGGGUUUCUAUUACAUCGAUUUUGGUGCACAGUUUACCAACGUUUGA